GCGCGGGACAGUGCGGCGGUGGCAGCCAUGUGCGAGGCGGGGGUCGUGAGCGCGGCGGGCGAGGAGAAGGCGGCGUCUAACGGGGUGGCGGCGGGGGCCGGGGCCGGGGCGCCGUGCGCGGCGGGCCGGGGCCGGGGCCGGGUGUGCGGCGGCGGCGGCGGGUGCGGGCGGUGGGUGCGGGCGCACGCGCUGGUGCUGCUGACGGUGGGCGGCGUGGUGGCGGGCGCGGGCGCGGGGCUGGGCGCGCGGCGGGCGGGGCUGGGCGGCGCGGCGGUGCUGGCGCUGUCGUUCCCGGGCGAGCUGCUGCUGCGGCUGCUGCGCAUGAUCAUCCUGCCGCUGGUGCUGUGCAGCCUGGUGGCGGGCGCGGCCAGCCUGCAGCCCGCCGCGCUCGGCCGCCUGGGCGGGUGGGCGCUGCUCUUCUUCCUCGCCACCACGCUGCUCGCCUCGGCCCAGGGCGUCGCCAUCGCCCUGCUCGUGCGGCCCGGCCUCGGCGCCGCCCCCGGGCCCGGCUCCGCCGCCGCCGCCGCCGCCGCCGGCCUGCCCGCCGCCAAGGAGGUGCGCGACUCCUUCCUGGACCUGGUCCGGAACAUCUUCCCCUCCAACCUGGUCUCGGCCACUUUCCGCUCGUACGCCACGUCCUACAAGCUGGUGGAGAUCAAGAAGAACAUCACGGAUGAGCUGGGGGUCAUCAACGAGACGGUGGUGGUGGAGAAGGUGCCCUGGGGCGAGGAGGUGGAGGGGAUGAACAUCCUGGGCCUGGUGGUCUUCGCCAUUGUCUUCGGGAUCGCGCUGCGCAAGCUGGGCCCCGAGGGCGAGAACCUCAUCCAGUUCUUCAACUCCUUCAACGAGGCCACCAUGGUGCUCGUCUCCUGGAUCAUGUGGUACGCGCCCCUGGGUAUCAUGUUCCUGGUGGCUGGCAAGAUCGUGGAGAUGGAGGACGUGGCGGCCCUCUUUGCCAGCCUGGGCAAGUACAUCGCCAGCUGCAUCGUGGGCCACGUCAUCCACGGCCUCUUGGUGCUGCCGGGCAUCUACUUCAUCUUCACGCGCAGGAACCCCUACCGCUUCCUCUGGGGCAUCGUCACGCCGCUGGCCACCGCCUUCGGCACUUCCUCCAGCUCGGCCACGCUGCCACUGAUGAUGAAGUGCGUGGAGGAGAACAACGGCGUCUCCAAGCACAUCAGCCGCUUCAUCCUGCCCAUCGGAGCCACGGUCAACAUGGACGGUGCCGCCCUCUUCCAGUGCGUGGCCGCCGUCUUCAUCGCACAGCUCAACAACAUCUCGCUGGACUUCAUCCAGAUCAUCACCAUCCUGGUCACGGCUACGGCAUCAAGCGUGGGGGCGGCAGGGAUCCCGGCCGGCGGCGUCCUCACUCUGGCCAUCAUCCUGGAGGCCGUGGGGCUGCCCACCAACGACAUCUCCCUCAUCCUGGCUGUGGACUGGCUCGUGGACCGCACCUGCACCAUCCUCAACGUGGAGGGCGACGCCUUCGGCGCAGGGCUGCUGCAGGCGCACAUGGAGCGCAGCGGCCAGGCCGUGGCCGAAGAACUAGUGGAGGUCAAGGCGGACGGGCUGGCGCCAGGCAAGGGCGAGGGCUCCCCGCUCCUCCGGACUGACCCCCCUGCCCCUGUGGAUUCCUGCGAGGAGUCGGUGAUGUGAGGGGCUGCGGCCGGCGGCUCCGCAUCACGGACAGGCCGGACUGCACAUUCCUGCUUCCUGGCCUGCUGGACUCGAGUGGGGGCCGGGCCCUCUGCCCCCGACUUCCAGUCUGCGCCGUGGUGCAGAGCCUCACUCCUGGGGCCCCGGCUGCCCCUCGCGUCCUGCCUGCCCCCCGUGACACUCGUGGACCAAGCACCCCCCAGACCCACGACUUGAAGCUGCAGCGGCGCGGUGCCCUGCCCCGCUGCCUCCUGCUGCAGCUGUGGCUGUGCCUGGCUCCGUGUCGCAGGGGAGCGAUGUCGGUGGCCCAUGCCGUGACUCUGGGGGACGUCACUUCUCAGGGCCCCGGGGCCCGCGGCCUAAUUUAUUUUGCUAUUUUUAAAACGCUGGGAAGGAGGCUUGUCCUGGUUGCAAGGAGCAGGGUCCUGGGGCGAGGUCUGCUUCAGGGGUGGGACCUGCGCUGCUGCCGCCGGGGUGGUCUUCUCGCACCUGGGUCUUUCAAACUGCUGAUGCCGGCGGGGCCGCAGCUCUCCCUGGCAGCGCCUGGGCUCUCGCUGCAUGCGCUCCAGGGAAGCGGGUCCGUGGAGGGCUCGGCCCCGAGCCGACGGGCAUGGGAGCUGGCCUCGGGUUUUUAAACACUUGUUCUGUUGUGAACGCUGCUCUGGGCCACAGCCCACGUCCACUGGCCCUGCAUCUGCUCCAGGGAAGCAGGGCCGUGGAGGGCUCAGCCCUGAGCCGGCCGGGGUGGGAAGGAGGGGGCACGGUACGUGGUCAUUGGCUUGACCUCACAUGGCCAGGACCCAGCCCGUCCUUCCCUGCCCCGGUCGUGUCCCACUGGAGCUGGCCUCGGGUUUUUAAACACUCCGUUAUUUCUAUUGUUUUUAACCGCGGCUCUGGGACCAGGACGGGCGGGCGCCCCUGGGUCUCCAGGCCCCCCUGCCCAUGAGCCCCUCACCGUCCAUGUCCUCAGGCAGCAACGGGCAUUGGCCCUGCUCCCCUGGCGGGGGCUGAGCACCAGCUCCUCUCCAGUCAUUCCAGCCUGGCCCCAGCGCUGCAGACACACGGACAGCCGGGGGGGGUCUGUGUCUGGGCGCUAGGGCCAGUCGGGGGUUCCUCCAGCCGUGGGGGACGGGUCGAGUGUGGGGGGCACCAGAUCGCCUACGGGAGGGCGGCCCUCAGCAGUCGAUCGCGGAGCCAGCAGCAAAACCGGAAGGGCGUUUCUAGCACCGCUUCCCGUUUUGCAGCUGGCACGUCCAGGGGGGGGGCGCGUGCCCCCCUACGUGUCGCCUACGCCUGGUAAUUAAUGAAGGCAGAGGGGCCUGGCAGCUCUGGACGGGAGGGUCCUGUGUCCCCAGGGUGCUGUGGGCAGCACGGGUCUCUUCAUGCCGAAAUGACUGUAACGGGUAAGGGUCUAAUCAGGACUUCAUUAGCAAUGCAAUAAACGAAGCACCCGA